AUGUCGGACAAGAAGAACGAGGAUUAUGUCGUGCGUAUGCCAGAGGGCUCCUAUGAGCAGAAGGAUAAAGGCUCUUUCAAUGCCCGCUCGCCAGCAUCGAGUUCGUAUGGCGGGAACUCGCCAGCGCUUCCAAAGUCCUUUUCCAAGCUGGACAAUAGCCCUCUGCUAUCGGUUUUCGCAUACUGUAUUUCGUCCAUCAGUAUGACUGUCGUCAAUAAAUAUGUUGUUUCAGGCCAGGGGUGGAACCUCAACUUUCUCUAUCUCGCCGUUCAGGCAAUCGUUAGUACUGCGACAAUUACGGCCUGCCAGCAGGCUGGGCUCAUUAGAAAUCUGGCACCGUUUGACUCGGACAGAGCGAAGAAGUGGUUUCCCAUCGCUGUUCUCCUCGUCGGCAUGAUUUACACUAGCACGAAAGCGCUCCAGUUCCUAUCGGUCCCUGUCUACACAAUUUUCAAGAACCUGACCAUCAUUGUCAUUGCCUAUGGUGAAGUUCUUUGGUUUGGCGGCAGCGUGACGCCUCUAUCGCUUCUGUCUUUUGGUCUGAUGGUGCUGAGCUCUGUCGUGGCUGCCUGGGCCGAUAUCCAGAGCGCCAUCGCUGGCGACUUCGCGGCCCAGGACUCUGCUGCAGCAAUGUCUACACUGAAUGCCGGCUACGCUUGGAUGGGUCUCAACGUCUUCUGCAGUGCCACAUACGUUCUCGGCAUGCGCAAGGUCAUCAAGAAAAUGAACUUCAAGGACUGGGAUACCAUGUACUACAACAACCUGCUUACAAUCCCUGUCCUCGUCGUCUGUGGCCUCGUUUCCGAAGAUUGGUCCUCAGCCAACCUGGCCUUGAACUUUCCUGCCGACCAGCGCAAUCGCAUCAUCAUUGGUAUGAUCUACUCCGGUCUUGCUGCCAUCUUCAUCUCAUACUGCUCGGCUUGGUGUAUUCGUGUGACCUCUUCCACAACCUAUUCCAUGGUCGGUGCUCUCAACAAGCUCCCUAUCGCUAUCAGUGGCUUGGUUUUCUUCUCUGCCCCCGUCACGGUGGGAAGUGUAUCAGCUAUCUUCAUCGGUUUCGUCAGUGGAAUCGUUUACGCAUAUGCGAGGGUCAGGCAGUCAAGUGCACCCAAAGACUCGCUACCAACAUCCCGUGCUGCCUUCGCCUAUGCGGCGGCAAAGAUUGGGGCAUCCCCGGAUGAGCUCAAGCUUAUUUUCUCUAUGCUCCUAUCGUAUCCCUUGGCUGGCCUUCUCAAAAGAGUCCCUGAUUCCAAACCUUGGCAAAAGAAUCUCUUCAGCAUCAGUAUAUCAGUAUUUUAUCUUGUCGGCCUCUUCGACCUGUGGGAUGGCGCCUUGACGAUUUUCAUAAGCUCCGCCGGCACGUACUGCAUUGCCAAAUAUCUCCGAUCGAGCGCAUAUAUGCCAUGGAUUGGUUUUGCUUUUGUGAUGGGCCACAUGUCAAUCAGCCAUAUCUCGCGGCAAAUUGCCAACAACCCUUCUAUGGUUGAUAUCACAGGCGCCCAGAUGGUCAUGGUGAUGAAGCUCAGUGCCUUCUGCUGGAACGUAGCCGAUGGUCGCCUGCCCGAUGAAGAACUGUCUGAUUUCCAGCGCGAUCGAAUGCUACGCGACCUUCCGGGCUUGCUUGACUUUGCCGGUUAUGUGCUCUUCUUUCCCUCUCUGCUGGCUGGGCCCGCAUUCGACUACGCCGAAUACCGACGCUGGGUCGAUACCACCAUGUUCGAUCUACCAGCGCAAGUCGACCCGUCGAAGAAACCCCCUGUGCGCAAGAAGAGAAAGAUUCCUCGUAGCGGAACUCCUGCUGUAUGGAAAGGUGCUUCUGGUUUAGUGUGGCUUCUGCUCUUCCUCACACUCUCCGGACCGUACGGCCACGACCAACUCUUGUCCGACUCCUACAUGACUUACAAUAUCUUCCGCCGUAUCUGGAUCCUAUAUUUAACCAACCUAGUUGCUCGUUUCAAGUACUACGGAGUUUGGUCGCUAACGGAAGGCUCCUGCAUUCUCGCUGGGUUGGGGUACAAUGGCGUCGAUCCUAUUACAGGCAAAGUCUCGUGGAAUCGCCUCCGGAACAUUGACCCAUGGGCAGUCGAAACUGCACAGAAUGCUAGGGCGUAUCUCGGCGGCUGGAAUAUAAAUACAAACAACUGGCUGCGCAAUUACGUGUAUCUGCGAGUUACACCAAAGGGCAAGAAGCCUGGUUUCCGAGCCAGCAUGCUUACUUUCGGGACCAGCGCGCUGUGGCAUGGCUUCUACCCAGGAUACUACUUAACCUUCCUCUUCGCCAGUCUCGUUCAGACAGCUGCUAAGCACUUCCGCAGACACGUCCGGCCUUUCUUCCUUGACCCUCUAUCCGGCAAGCCUUCGUCAAAAAAGAACUACUAUGACAUCGCGACGUAUUUCGGUACCCAGCUGACAUUCUCCUUCGCCACAACUCCAUUCCUCGUCCUUCGACUUGGCGACUGUCUUCGGGUCUGGGCCCGUGUAUAUUUCUACGCCCUGGUCUGGAUAGUGGGCGUUUUAGCAUUCUUCUCUUCUCCCGGCAAGGCCAUGCUAGGCAAGCAGCUCGAGAAGCGCCAAGGAAAGGCCAGCAAGAGGCUGGUUAGGACUAUCAGUUCUGAGAGUCUUUCUGGCGGUCAACCUGUGUUGGGUAUCUCCAAAGACCCUGAAGGCGAUCUUGUUGAGGCGAUCGAGGAGUUCAGAGCCGAGGUUGAAAGGAAGAUGGCUGAAGAGUUGCAAAAGCAAAAGGCGAAGCAAUAA